UUUUAUUAUUUCAGUUAUUGGCUGAUUUAAAUGAUAGAUGUAGAACACACUGUGCUUUGUAUUUGUAUUAUGUAGCUGUCAUUUUUCUCUCAUUGUGGUUUGCAUCUCGCUCAACUAUCGUGUUCUGUACAUAUGGCUACUCCCGCUGUACUAACCUCCCCAACCCACCGAACAAAGACAUCCCGGAGGUUCAGUGCUCUCCAGGAGAGCCUUGUGAAAGAGAUUGGUGUAUCACCUCAAGGUGAUGGAAGGGGGUCUCAUAUUUCUCGCAUUAGAAGUAAAUUUAUGAACAAUGUCGAUGAAGGAAAUAUCUCAGAUUUAAAAUCCGUCAAUGGAAAUCCAGACGUUCAACAAAGAAGAGAAAAGUUUUCCUCAGCAAAAAAGGUGUUUGAAAGCCUUCAAUCAACCCCAGUGAAGUAUCCACCCCCACAAAUAUUAAGGAAAACAGGACCAGUUUCACCGUCUAGGUCAGGACCACUAAGUCCGACAACUACUUCAUCUUUCUCCUCUUGGUCUACGCUCGUCAGUGAGCCUGACAGAGCAGAACGAGAGGACUCACAGGCUGAAAGUGUCGCUAGCAGCAUCGAGACAUCGCCACUUAGACACGAGUUACGAGGAAGGCCGAGGUCUUCGCGAUCACAUCAGAAAAUGCCCCGAGGUGGCUCAGUAGACUCACUAAUACGAUCUCCCUCGUCGGAGCGAGAAGUUAUAAUCAUAGAAUCCACCGAUGCCAUUGGAGGGCGCCCUCCAAAAGCAAGAGUUUCCCAGGAUAAAGAUGGAAAAGAGCGAAACCGAAAAAACAUUAGUGAAAUUAUCUCCACAUUCGAGAAACGGUCGCGCUCCACUGAUAGAAAUGAUAACUAUCACCGCGGUAACAGAAGUAAACAAGGCAGUCCAACAAAAGGUAUGGGAGGGUCAAGUGCCCGGCGCCCUCCUACCCCAGCUUUGGAUAACAGACCACGUCGGCCAACAUCCAUGGUUGCUGUGGAUACUGGUAACACAGAAAUCACCCAAGCCCCAGUGGCUCACAAGUAUAUAGAGGCGCUCUCGAAACAAUCUUCCGAAAAACCGCGGGCAGCAGUGACGAGCCAAACCACAAAGGACAAAUCUCACAACUCAAUCAGCUCACGUUCCGAUUCUUCUGAUUCUGUUUUUACACCGGGUUAUUCCUCAACCUCAUCCACUCCUGCUCUUCCCUCUGUCUCUACAACUCCUCUCUCAGCUCUUCCAUCGGGAGUUCGGCCUCCCGUCAACUCUCGCGCAUCUGACAGCCAACCUCUUACCAUAAAUUCACCGGGAACAAUUUCAACCCUCGUUUCAGAGCGCCUCAGUAAAAUACCCCCUACCGAUAGCCAAGAAUCGGAGAAAACUGCAGCUACAUCACAGUCAAUACGACGUAGUAGUUCCAGCAGCGUCAACAGUACUUCCAGUGUUGGUAGCAGCGUGACUCGUGAUAUUUCCUACCGUGCGGCUGUCCGCAGCCACACUAUACAAGACAGGAUGUCAAAGUUUGAAAAUAAAUCUGAUUCAAGCAAGAAGCCAAGCCAGUCUUCAUCUGCAACUUCAAAGAAUGGCGACCUUUCCGAAAAUGAGCUUCCGACUCGUAAAAUAUCUUCCGAGUCAAGCAGCAGCCACAUGUCAUCCUAUUCUUCUCAUUCCGAGCCACCAAGCGAACCAUCUCCCCAAAUUCCUCAUCUAUCUCGUACAAAUGGGAACAAACUAGUUGACGAGGGCCACUAUCAAACCCCAAACUCUAUACCAAAAGAUACUAUUGCCUUGAAAAGAGAGCAUGAAGUCCGUCCUGGCCACCUGUCCGUCGAAUCUGACUCUUUUCUGGAAAAAUCUGCUUUAUCCCAGCAAUCUCCUCUCACCAGCAGUAUUUUUAAGGCACUGGGGUUGCAGGAAUCUUACACAGCUGACUCUCCAAAGGGUGAGCCAGCUCAAGAGCAAGCUAACUACUCCUACCAGCAAGAUGUGGAAGCGUCAAUCUCCACAUCCUCUGCCUCUAAAGAGGAGGACACUCCAUCAGAGCUUCAUUCUAGAGAGACAAGAACUGAGGAGGAGGAAGAGGAAGAGGAAGAAAAUGAGGAAUCUUACCCUUCUGACAAGGAGUCUGAUAAUGAAGGCCCCACAAGUUACGAUGUAAAUGGAAUGGAAGAUUAUGAAGAAGAAGGUUUAAACAAGCAAGAUGAGGUUGCUGUUAAAGCAGAAACCAUGUCUGUUUCAUCAAUGUCCAAUGAUGAAGGAGGAGGAGAAUCCAAGAUCCUCACUGAUGACAAUGGACUUUAUUAUUAUGAAGUACCUGGUCUUCCGGAUCACGACUCCUCAUCCGAUGAAGAGGAAAAUGAGGAAAAAAAGGUUGAUCAUCAUCAGCAUACAAAGGUCUACUUCAGCAGUGAUCCUAUACCAGUAUUUUUAACUCAUUCCACAAGCGACUAUGAUCGUUGCAACGAUGAUGUAGAUCCAGUGUCAGCAUCUGCAGAGUAUGAGCUGGAAAAACGAGUUGAACUAAUGGAUGUGUUUGAUGUUGAACUUGAGAAAGGUCCUGGUGGUUUGGGACUUAGCAUAAUAGGAAUGGGUGUUGGUGCAGAUGCCGGGCUCGAAAAACUUGGAAUAUUUAUAAAAACUAUAUCACCGGGUGGAGCUGCAGACAAGGACGGAAGGAUCAAGGUAAAUGAUCAGAUAAUAGAAGUGAAUGGUAACUCCUUGGUUGGCGUCACACAAGCCUACGCUGGGGGUGUACUUCGGAACACCAACGGGCUGGUUUAUUUCAAAAUUGGGAGGGAGAAAGAAGGAACACAGGAUUCAGAGGUUGCAAGGCUGAUACAGCAGUCACUUGAACAAGAGAAAAUGGACUGGGAAGACGCACAGGGCUCUGAGGAUGGCCAGAUGGAUUCCAAUGCAGAAGACCAGUCAUGGAGAUAUGAUGGAAAUGAGGCAAGGAAAUUGCGGCCGCCCCCAAGGUAUCCGGGUGUUCCGGAAAAAAUGGAACAGAACGGGUUGCACGGCCGGCACAUGGUGCACCGAGAUAGUGUUGAGUUUGCAAAACUCAGAGGGGUGUCCCCAACCCCCCCAAAUGAAAAUGGCGGAGAAAGUUUUGAUGGUUUGAGCAAUAUACGACACAGCAAACCCGUUACCGACCCACAUUUGCUGAGUCGGGGUGCGGAAUAUAUUGCUGAGUCACAAGAUGAUGGUCCGAGAAAUGCAGAAGAAUUUUUGCCAAAAAAGAAGGUUGGAGAUACAAGUGAAGAAGAUUUCAACACUGAAGAAAUAGACAGAGCUUUGGCUCAUGUUCAGGUGUUUGAUCUUCCAGAAGAAGAAAAGAUCUUUGCAUCCGAGAAUGAUGAGGAGUACAGAUCGAAGAUCAGGGAGCUUUUUAUCCGACAACAAGUUACAGAUGCCGAGAUCAAGCAGCUGCGGAAAAGGGUUGAAGAGCAGGACAGAGUUGCUGCCGCAACAAAUGAAGAUUUACAGAAAACACAAAGUGAGCUGGAAAAUGCUAAAGAGCAAGUUUCCCUUCUUGACAAGAAAUAUAACAAGGCGAAAAAAUUGAUAAAGGAAUUCCAGCAACGAGAGGGAGAAUUCUUGAAGAGGGAAGCGAAUUUUAAAAUGCAAAUAUCGACUAUGGAGAAAGUACAUGAGUUGGAGAAACUGCAACUUCAAGGACAGAUCACCAGCCUUGAGAAGAAGCUGGCAAAUCAAUCCCCACCUAAUUCCGCUUUAAACCGGAAUAAUAGCAACCGGUCAAAUGGUCCCCAUUCCCCCAUAAAGCUGGCACCUACCUACCAACAACAUCAGAGCAAAUAUUUUCCAAGUGUUGAAAAUCAAAGUUCUCCCGUUGUGAGUUACACUGAUGGGGCCCCUACUCCCGAAAAUCGACCAACAGUUCGUCAGACGUUCGAUAAUCUUAUCGCGAGUUUGGAUGACAUGCUUGAUUCCAGGGCUGACCAGAAUAGCGCUUCCAAGUCUGGAGAUAUAUCUCAAGAUACAUCGAACCACCUCGAUAACUCAGCACUUAAAUACAGAGCCAAGUUGAAAGGUCCAAGAUAUGUCAAGUCAAACUCAAAGUCAGAUAGUGAAAAUUGGGAACAGGAGAAAACUGCCGAAGGAUUGGAACAACUGCAUGGGAGUCCCCUGUCCAAACGAGGAACCCCCUUACCCAUGCAAUUUGACCCACCCCAAAUAAAACAAGUGAACCUGUCACCACUGCCUCAAUCCAGUCCUGGUGGGAUGGGUGACGUACCAACCACUAAAGAAUCACCAGCGCUUGCAGUUCGCAUGCGUCGCAUAAUAAAUGAGGACGACACAGCACCAACUGCUCCACCCACCAAUGACAGCGAGAAAGAGCCCCCACGAGGAAGUGCUCGACCUCAGUCCGCUGCGUCAACUAUUUCAGGCCUGUCGUCUCACUCCGAGGAGGGCUCUGUAGAAAAAAAAGAGCAAACGCAAGGUGAGAUAUACCUUACUACUCCUACUUGGUCAGUGGAUGAAGUCACAACUUGGAUGAGUGGUUGUGGUCUUGCCCAUCAUGUUACCACCUUUAACAGAAGCAAAAUAGAUGGCUCUAAACUACUGUCUAUAGACAAUGAUAAACUCAAGGAAAUUGGUAUUACCGACAAGUCAGAAAAAAAUCUUAUCAAACGAAAAGUGAAGGAAUUAAAGUCCAAACAUGAAAAAGAGAAGAAAAUGGCGGAAAAGAUAAACAAAAAGCAGAAAAAGGGUUUUCGGACAGGGAAAAAGCCUCGUUUUUAGGAGCAACUUUAUCCUCGCCACUUUCUCCAAAUUAUAUUGUCAUUGAGUGUUCGUAUUCCAGUAUUUCAUUUCUUUUCCACCCUGCCCAAUUGCAAGCUGCUGGAUAUAGAAUUAUUAUGUAAUAGUGAAAGAUUUGUAUUUUUCUUGUGUACCAGCAGCACAAUCCUACUCAAGUGCUCAGUUAUUCUAAAGUUGUACAGCUUCUGUAACAUUCCAGCGCAAGACUGUUGGCCGUGUGACCAGUGCAAGCCAAAAGUGCGUUAGUUCCAGAUCUUUGCACUCAUGGAAGAUUUUCAAUCUUUUAUACCCCAGUUUAAUUUCUGUUGUUUAACUUCGAAAAAUUACAAAAUAUCUUGUAUAACGUA